AUUUCUAAGCCUUUUUCUUAAAAAAAAACUGAAAGAACCCAGAUUUAAUCGAUUUUUUAUGCUUUGGGGGCGUGAGACAAGGUAUAGCGCUACCAGCUUUCCAUCUUACUACACCUCAUGAAACAAACUAUAGUGACAUCUUUUGCUUAUAGUUCCGAAGCUCGCCCGUUUUUCUUAUAAAUUACAAGUGGAGUUUUUGUUUAUGGAAAGUGUUGGAACUCGUUUUUGACAAAGUGGUGUGGACUAUUUUCCGAUGGGUUUUUCGACGGAGACGUCUGUCGGAAAAACCGGAACUUGGGCACGAUGUAUUUGUUAGUCAAAAUCGGAGUUGUGUUGAAUGAGAAAUGGAGGUCCAAAGCUUCUGAUAAAGUGACGCAAAUUCAGAAGAUUAUUUGCAGUUGUAUCCUGGGACUCAUUACGUUAUCGAACCGUCGCACUACGGGACGUAUUUUGAGAGAAGUGAAGCCACCCAAGCGAAGGAGGAAGAAGAGGAAAGUAGCGGUGGCCGCAGGAGAUGGAAGCAACUGCAUGCUUAGGAAGAGAAAGCUUACUGAUGAGCAAGUGAACAUGUUGGAGAUGAGGUUUGGUGAUGAGCACAAGCUUGAGUCCGAGAGAAAAGAUAAAAUUGCGGCGGAGCUAGGGCUUGACCCUCGUCAAGUUGCCGUUUGGUUUCAAAACCGUCGUACGCGGUGGAAGAACAAAAGGCUAGAGGACGAGUACAACAAACUCAAAAACGCACAUGACAACGUGGUUCUCGACAAGUGCCGACUUGAGUCAGAGGUCCUUAAGCUCAAGGAACAUCUCUAUGAUGCAGAGAGGGAGAUCCAAAGAUUGGCAGAAAGAGUAGAAGGAUGCUCGAGCAACAGUCCAGUUUCUUCUUCGGUCUCCAUCCAACACAACGAAACACCGUUUUUUGGAGACUAUGAAGUCGAAGAAGACGGUGACGACUACGAUAACAUGGUUUAUCCGGUGCCGGAAAACACCUACAUUGAUCAUGGAGAGGAAUGGAUGAAUUACCAGCUUAAUAUAAUAUUUUAAUUGUAUCAGUUAGUGCCGUGAACUAGGAAUAUUAUUGAGUAAAUCAAAUUAAGACUGGCUGCUGAAUUUCUAAUAUACAAAUAAAUAUAACGCUGAUAUAUUUCACGCUAGUGUAAUUUGGCAAAUAUUGUAUCUAAGCAACAGUUGCUUAUGUAAUUUUGAGCCACUUUUUCUGGCAUAUAUGAAAUUCGAAGAAAAAUAUGUAUUA